AUGUGGGAGUUAAAAAUAUAUGAUGUAUUUUACAACAGAAACUACGCAUUCGGUCUCAAAAAUGCUUGCGAUCUGCUGAAUCGUGGUGAACUUUCACGCACACAAAAUCGUGAAUUACAGCGAUACAUUGACGAAAAUCAGCAUCUAAUCCAAUUUGCUCACGAACAGACAACAGGUAAAAGUAUUAUUUUAUACUUUUUUGAACAAAAUCUAAAUUUUUUUACAAGAUAUAUACGUGAAACAUUAAGUUAA